AUGGCUGAUUCGUCACCCCACGAUGCAUCCAAGGGUUCUCAAAGGAAUGACACGCCUGUUUUUACUAAUUAUGUUAAUGUUCCGCUGCACGUCGACAAGUUGGAUGGCUCCAAUUAUGAUUCUUGGGCUUUUGAUCUCCGACUCUGGCUUGAUGGACAGGAUUAUGCUGACCAUCUCAUUAUUAAGGCUGAGUCCAUCUCGGUAGAUGAACGCCCUCGAUGGAAAAAGGUUGAUGCUCAGUUAUGUAGCAUCAUCAAGUCUACCAUCCACCCGUCAUUGAAGCAGAUCUUCCGUGCUCACGUCACUUGUGAGUCUGUUUGGCGUCAGGCCAAGUCACUUUAUACCAAUGACACUCAGCGACUCUACGGUGUUUGUCAAAAUUUGGUAACUGUUAUUGCUGCUCAACACUUUGAUGUCUCUAUGUCUGCUUAUUUGGAAAAAGUUCAGGGUCUCCUUCAUGAUUUCAAUGAACUUUUGCCGCCUGCUACAGACCCUGCUAAGGAACUUGAGCAACGCAGCACAUUCUUCAUGCUCAUGGCUCUUUAUGGCUUUCCCCCGAAGUACUCUGUCAACCGGGAUCAGAUCUUGGACUCUACUACUGUUCCAUCCCUGGACUCUGUUCGGUCUAUGUUGCUUCGAAUUCCACCUAAGUCUGCUAUGGAGCCUGCAGUAUCUGCUCCCUCUUCAAUUGACCCUUCUGCACUUGUUUCCAAGGGUUAUACACGUGGACAAAAACCCUCUAAGGGACGCCUUCUCUGCACUCAUUGCAACAAGCCGGGCCAUACUAUUGAUCGUUGCUGGGAUCUUCACGGUCGCCCUCCUCGCUCCGCUAAUUUUGCUCAGAGUGUUGCUCCUGCCUUGGACUCUGCUUUGAUUGCUGGACAACAGCCACCUCCGUCUAUUCUCACUGACUCCUUGCAAUGGUAUAAAGAGAAGCGUCCUCCUGGUACCACUGUCUCUGGUGCACACACGGGUAAUUCCUUUGCUGAUUUUUCUCACUCGCGCUCUCUUGGUCCAUGGAUUCUCGAUUCUGGUGCAUUUGACCAUAUUUCUGGUAAUAAGUUUUUAUUCACCUCUCUCUGUACGUCUGGUCCCCUGCCCAGUAUCACUAUGGCUAAUGGAUCACUGGUUCAGUCCCAAGAGAUUGUCACUGUUCUCCUUUUUCCUUCUAUUCCCAUUAACAAUGAUCGGAGCUCGAGGAGGACACUUGGCGUCGGAUCUGAGUCCAACGGCCUUUAUCAGCUUUCGACUUCUGUCCCAGUGUGCUUUGUUGUGGAUUCUCCGCUUACUAUCCACGCUCAGUUGGGACAUCCGAGUCUUGCUAAGCUCCAGAAGAUGGUCCCACGUUUCUCAAAUUUAUCUAGUUUGUCUUGUGAGUCAUGUCAGUUAGGGAAGCACACUCGUAGUUCGUUUCCCGAUCGUGUCAAUCGUCGGUCUUCGUCUCCUUUUGCUUUAGUUCAUUCAGAUAUUUGGUUUCAAACUUUCUUUACAUCUCAUGGCAUCCUUCACAAAACAUCAUGUUCACACACCCCUCAACAAAAUGGGGUUGCUGAACGCAAGAACUGUCACCUCAUUGAAACUAUUCAGACACUUUUGUUGCAUAGUCAUAUCCCCUUCCAGUAUUGGGGCGAUGAUGUCCUCACAACUUGUUAUCUCAUUAAUCGCAUGCCUUCCUCCGUACUUAAUAACCAGGUACCACAUUCUGUGUUGUUUCCCCAUCAACCUUUGUAUCCACUCACUCCUCACGUCUUUGGUUCUACUUGUUUUGUCCAUAAUCUCAGCCCUGGUCUUGACAAGUUAUCUGCUAAGUCACAUAAAUGUAUUUUCCCGGGUUACCCUCGCUCACAAAAGGGUUAUCGUUGUUACUCUCCCAGUCUUCGUCAUUACUUUGUCUCGGCGGAUGUUACUUUCUUUGAGUCUAUCUCAUUCUUUGACUCCUCCUCCUUUUCCAGUGACUUUGUUGCUACUCAGCUACCUUUACCCCCUGUUUCAGUUCAAUAUAUCCCUUCACCACCUCCUUCUUUAGAUGUCCCCGCCCCUGUUCCCUCCGUCCAGGUUUAUCAUCGUCGGCAACGUCCACCUGUUCCCCAAGACCAUGCCCCUAUUGUUACUGAGGCUUCUGUGGGCUCACUUCCGUCAUCAUCUCCUCCGGCAGCUCCGGUCCUUCCGUCUGACAUUGAUUUACCCAUUGCACUCGGAAAGACUACAGGUGAGGCGUUAUCUCAUUCUGGAUGGCGACAGGCCAUGAUUGAUGAGAUGUGUGCACUUCAGAGCAGUGUCAAAGUUGGUCCUGAUGGUCAGGUGGACCAUCUCAAGGCCCGAUUGGUGGCUAAAGGUUAUACUCAGGAGACAGCUCUGUUGAAUGCUAUGGAUAUUCCAGAAAGAUAUAGAAGAUUGGUUGAGAAACUGAACUAUCUCACAGUUACUUGA